AUGGAGACGACUCUGCCCCUCCCCUUUCUUAUCAGCCUCGCUGCGCUACCAGGCCUGGCAGGGCCAGAGGGUCUGAGUCGGGACGAAAUCAGCUGCCUUGGCUCAGUCUUUGCUGAAGUCACUCCAGACAACCUGGAUCAGACCCUAGCGUUCCUCAGCCAGCACAAUGUCGACUUCCUGCCGUUCCUGGACGUGACUCAACUGCACUCCAGGGACGACGUCCUGUCCCUGCUCGAUGCCGGCGCACGAAAGGUCUUCGUGAAGCCAGAGAACCUGCCAGAGUACACCGAGCAUGGCUCAAGAGUGGCACCCGCCAUCACAAAGAUCAAUGCACUCGAGUCGGCCACGGAGCAUGGACUCCUCAUCUCAGACUUUGACCACUCCAAGUGUGAGAUCGGCCCAUUCCUGGAGAAGGCGAAGUCGACCAAGGUCAAGAACCUCUUCAUCAAGCCCGUCGAGGGUGCGAUUCUUGAACACUUCAUCGAUGUCGCUGCUCAGCUGGGAGCCACUCCCAUUCUUCCUUCAACCGGUCUGACCACGGCCAAAGACGCCAGCGGCAAGUUGUCGGUGUCAAAGGUGCUGUGCUCCACCUGGAGCUCGGACCGCCCAGACAACCUCAUCCCGACCGUCGUUACGGAUGAGACUGGCAUUGCUCUUGGCUUGGUGUACAGCAGCGAGGAGAGUGUCGGAGAGGCCUUGCGAACCCAGACUGGCGUGUACCAAAGUAGGAAGCGAGGUCUUUGGUACAAGGGAGCGAGCUCAGGAGACACGCAGGAGCUCGUGGGGAUCUCUCUGGACUGCGACAGUGACGCAUUGAAGUUUGUCGUCAGGCAGAAGGGCCGUUUCUGCCACCUUGAGCAGUUUGGUUGCUUCGGGGAGCUCAAGGGGAUACCAAGGCUGGAGCAGACGCUCAGGUCCAGGAAGGAGUCCGCUCCGGAGGGGUCAUACACGGCGCGUCUUUUCAACGAUGAGAAACUCCUGCGGGCCAAGAUCAUGGAAGAGGCUGAGGAGCUGUGCGAUGCCAAGGCACCAAAGGACGUUGCUUUCGAGGCUGCUGAUCUCAUCUACUUUGCCCUCACAAAGGCUGUCGCUGCCGGUGUAAACCUGGCGGAUAUCGAGAGGAGCCUUGACGCCAAGAGCUGGAAGGUCAAGAGGCGCACAGGUGACGCGAAAGGCAAAUGGGCUGAGAAGGAGGGCAUCAAGCCCGUCGACGGCACCACUACAGCAGCCGUCACCGCGCCUGCCACCUCGAGCCCUGUGCCAUCAUCAGACAGGAUCACUAUGAAGCGCCACGACCUUGCUUCGCUUGCACCUGGCCAGCUCCAGCAAGUGCUGAACAGACCAUCACAGAAGUCUGCCGAUUCAAUCAUGAAAAUCGUCGUGCCUAUCAUCGACGACGUCAAGAAGAAUGGCGACAAGGCUCUGCUAUCCUACACUCAAAAAUUCGAGAAGGCCGCCUCUUUGACCUCCACCGUCAUCAAGGCUCCUUUCCCCGACUCCCUCAUGCAGCUGCCCGCCGAGACCAUUAAGGCCAUCGACGUGUCCUUCGACAACAUCAAGAAGUUCCACGCUGCGCAACAAGAAGAGAAGCCCCUCCGCGUUGAGACCAUGCCUGGGGUGGUCUGCAGUAGAUUCUCCAGGCCUAUUGAGCGCGUGGGUCUGUACGUCCCCGGUGGCACGGCUGUCUUACCAUCUACAGCUCUCAUGCUCGGUGUCCCUGCCAUGGUCGCCGGCUGCAAGAAGAUUGUGCUCGCCUCGCCACCGCGUUCCGACGGCAGCGUCACUCCUGAAAUUGUCUACGCCGCGCACAAGGUGGGCGCCGAGAGCAUCGUGCUGGCCGGCGGUGCCCAGGCCGUUGCGGCCAUGGCGUACGGCACCGAGAGCGUGAGCAAGGUGGACAAGAUCCUCGGCCCGGGCAACCAGUUCGUGACUGCCGCCAAGAUGUACGUCAGCAACGACACCAACGCCGGCGUGAGCAUCGACAUGCCCGCGGGCCCUUCGGAGGUCCUCGUCAUCGCCGACAAGGAUGCCAACCCCGCGUUCGUGGCGAGCGACCUGCUAAGCCAGGCUGAGCACGGCGUGGACAGCCAGGUCAUCCUCAUCGCGGUGGACCUUGGCGAAGAGGGGCUGCAGGCCAUCGAGGACGAGCUGCACAAGCAGGCCAUGGCGCUGCCGCGAGUUGAGAUUGUGCGCGGGGCCAUCGCCCACUCGGUCACGAUCCAGGUCAAGACGGUCGAGCAGGCGAUGGAGGUCAGCAACGAGUAUGCACCAGAGCACCUGAUCCUGCAGCUCAAGGAUGCCGAGAAGGUCUCGGAGCUGGUCAUGAAUGCGGGAAGUGUCUUCAUCGGGCAGUGGACGCCCGAGAGUGUCGGUGACUACUCUGCUGGUGUGAAUCACUCCCUACCAACCUAUGGAUACGCCAAGCAGUACUCGGGUGUCAACCUCGGAUCCUUCAUCAAGCACAUCACCAGCGCCAACCUGACGGCCGAAGGUCUACGAAACGUGGGCGGGGCCGUGAUGCAGCUGGCCAAGGUGGAGGAGCUCGAGGCUCACAGAAGGGCAGUUGGCAUUCGCAUUGACCACAUGGACAAGUAG